AGUAGUCAACUAAAACUGGUACAGUAUCUUUUAGGAAAAUAAUGGUAUGAAAAAAAAAAAUAGACUUCAGUUUUACGAAAUAACAAAAACAACCUUUUGAACUUGCGCGCCGCGACAAGGUCAGCUAGCUUUUAAUCAACCAAAACGUAUAUAUACGUAUGUGAGACAUAUAAAACGUAUUAUUUACAAUGCACAACAUGGAUAGUAAGGUCUUGCCAAGGGUUAAACUAAACCAGUCGUCGGUGAUAGACGUGGAUAAGGUGAAUUCAACUAAUUCGGCAGCUCACCUUGUACAGCGUACAAGAGAUGUAUUCGCAUCAAGAAAAACACUUUCGAUAUCGUUUAGAAAAAAACAGCUAAAGGGGCUUUUAGACUUUUUAACUAAGGAAGAGGAGAAUCUUUGCAAAGCUUUAUACGAAGAUCUUAAAAAGCCCCGCCAUGAAUGUCUGAUAGCGGAAAUUGAAAUAGUUAAAGCUGAGAUACAAACUACUUUAAAACAUUUAGACAGUUGGGCUAAACCGCAAAAAAUUAAAACGACUUUAGUGAAUUUGUUUGAUGAUCUUUUGGUUGCAAGUGAUCCUUACGGUGUAGUUUUGGUUAUUGGUGCUUGGAAUUAUCCAAUUUAUGUUUUAUUUCAACCUGUUGUUGGUGCCAUCGCUGCUGGUAACUGUGUUAUUAUUAAACCUUCAGAAGUAGCACAAGCUACUGCAAAUCUCAUUGCUAAAUAUUUGCCAAAGUAUAUUGAUACCAGUUGCUAUCCUAUUUACACAGGCGGUCCAAAAGAAACAAGUGAAUUGCUGGAACAGAGAUUCGACUACAUAUUUUACACAGGAUCGACAGAGGUGGGAAAAAUUGUUCACAAAGCUGCAAGUAAAUAUCUGACGCCGACAACUUUAGAACUAGGAGGAAAAAAUCCGGUAUAUGUUGACAGUUCCGCUAAUUUAAAAGCAACAGCUAAACGAAUAUUAUGGGGCAAAUUUCAAAACUGCGGACAGAUUUGUAUAUCACCAGAUUAUAUACUAUGUACCCCAGAAGUGCAGGUGAAGCUUUUAGGUUUUAUGGAAGACGUUAUUAAGGAGUUUUUUAAUGGAUCAGUUAAAACUUCAAAAGAUUAUGCCAGAAUUAUUAACUCCAGACACUUUGAUAGAUUAGUAGGCUUAUUGAAGAACCAGAAUAUUGCCAUAGGUGGUCAUCUUGAUGCCGACGAGCGUUAUAUCUCUCCAACUAUUCUUGUAGAUGUUCAUCCUGAUGAUCCAGUGAUGCAACAAGAAAUUUUUGGUCCAAUUCUUCCUUUUAUUAAUAUAAAGGAUGAGGAAGAAGCUAUCAACUUUAUAAAUUCCAGGGAAAAAACCAUUAGCCCUGUAUGUUUUCACCACUAAAUCUAAGGUAAAAAAGAACUUCAUGGAAAGGACUUCAAGUGGAGCAAUGGUUGUCAACGACACUAUUAUGCAUAUUAUAACUGAAGGUUUGCCAUUUGGCGGAGUUGGAUAUUCUGGUAUGGGAUCAUAUAAAGGGAAGAAAACAUUUGACACGUUUAGUCACCAGAAAUCUGUUUUAUCUAAAGGUUUUAAUGUUAUAGCAGACAAAAUCGAAUCAGUGCGAUAUCCUCCCAAUACCAAUUUUACGACGAAAUUUUUGAAGGCAGUAUUAAAAUAUAACACAACGCUUCCCACUCAAUUACUGGCCUAUGUAUUUAGUUUUGCAUUGGGAGUAGCAGUUACUGUGUCAGGAUACUAUAUAAACAAGUCAAUUCAAGAAGAAUAACUGGUUAUAUUUUGUACAUACUUUAAUAUGCGGAUUUUUUAUUGGCUUUAGAGCAACAAAUAAUUUUAUAAUUUUAAGUGUAAUAUGAAUAUUUUGGUUUCACAAAAUUAUAUUCAAUAUUAA